GUCCGCGCCGGCGGAAUCGCCCUUUGACUCCGGAAGCGCGGGCGCUCUGGGAGCGUCACCGUGAACGGCGGCGGCGGCGGCGGCGGCGGCAGCAGCGGCACAGUGCCGGUGGUGGAGCCGCCGAGGAGGGUCACGCAGCACGAUGCCAGCUCUGCCCCUGGACCAACUCCAGCUCACCCACAAGGACCCGAAGACAGGAAAGCUGAGGACUUCACCUGCACUGCACCAGGACCAGAAGGCAGAGCGGUAUUUUGUGUUAUACAAACCACCCCCUACAGACAACAUUCCCGCCCUAGUGGAGGAGUACCUGGAACGUGCCACCUUCAUAGCCAAUGACCUCGACUGGCUCCUGGCCUUGCCUCACGAUAAAUUCUGGUGCCAGGUUAUCUUCGAUGAGACCCUACAGAAGUGCCUAGAUUCCUACCUGCGCUAUGUCCCCCGCAAGUUUGACGAGUGGGUGGCCCCAGCCCCUGAGGUUGUUGACAUGCAGAAGCACCUCCAUCGAAGUGUUUUUCUUAUCUUCCUCCGCAUGUCCACUCACAAGGAAUCCAAAGAUCACUUCUUUUCCCCCUCUGCAUUUGGAGAAAUUCUCUACAAUAAUUUCCUCUUUGACAUCCCAAAGAUCCUGGACCUCUGCGUGCUCUUUGGAAAAGGGAACUCACCGCUGCUCCAGAAGAUGAUAGGAAACAUCUUUACCCAGCAGCCAAGUUACUAUAAUGACCUGGAUCAAACCAUGCCCACCAUCCUUCAGGUCUUCAGCAAUAUCCUCCAGCACUGUGGUUUGCAAGGGGAUGGGGCCAGCACCACACCUCAGAAGCUCGGGGAGAGGGGCCGGUUGACUCCCAUCGACAUGCCUCUCCUGGAGUUAAAGGACAUUGUACUCUACCUUUGUGAUACCUCCACUACACUUUGGGCCUUUCUUGAUAUCUUCCCUUUGGCCUGCCAAACCUUCCAGAAGCAUGACUUUUGUUACAGGCUGGCUAGCUUUUAUGAAGUGGCAAUUCCCGAAAUGGAGUCUGCAGUUAAGAAGAGGAGGCUUGAAGAUAGCAAGCUGCUCGGUGACCUAUGGCAAAGGCUCUCCCAUUCCAGGAAGAAGCUAAUGGAGAUUUUUCACAUAAUCCUGCACCAGAUCUGCCUCCUUCCCAUUCUAGAAAGCAGCAGUGACAGUGUUCAGGGCUUCAUUGAAGAGUUUCUUCAGAUCUUCAGCUCCUUGCUGCAGGAGAAGAGGUUCCUUCGGGACUAUGACACGCUCUUCCCUGUAGCUGAAGACAUCAGCUUGCUACAGCAGGCUUCAUCAGUCUUGGAUGAGACGCGGACUGCCUACAUCCUCCAGGCAGUCGAGAGCGCGUGGGAAGGGGUGGACAGACAGAAAGCUGUGGAUACUAAAGACCCACCAGUGGCUGAGGAGCCUAAUGGGAAACCUAACGGGGUCAUGGUAACAGCAGAGCCAGUCGGUCAAAUGUCAUCACAUCUGGAGAACUUGGAGGACAAGGAGUGCAUGGGAGCAGCUGCUGCCAUGGGCCCCGCUGUGUGUGGUGUGGAGCUGGACUCACUCAUCUCCCAAGUAAAAGACCUGCUGCCAGACCUCGGUGAGGGCUUCAUCCUGGCCUGCCUGGAGCACUACUGCUAUGACCCGGAGCAGGUGAUCAACAACAUCCUGGAAGAGCGGCUGGCCCCACCCCUCAGCCAGCUGGACCGAAGCCUAGACAGACACGCGAAACCAGACCCAACGCCCCUGUUGACAUCUCGUCACAACAUCUUCCAGAAUGAUGAGUUUGAUGUGUUCAGCAGGGAUUCAGUGGACCUGAGCCGGGUGCACAAAGGCAGGAGGAAGGAAGAGAACACACGGAGCCUGGUGAACGACAAGCGGGCUGUGGUGGCACAGCGGCAGCGUUACGAACAGUACAGUGUGGUGGUGGAGGAGGUGCCCCUACAGCCAAGUGAGAGCAUCCCCUACCAUGGUGACAACUAUGAAGAUGAGUACGAUGACACCUAUGAUGGCAACCAGAUUGGCGCCAACGAUGCGGACUCAGAUGACGAGCUCAUCAGCCGCAGGCCCUUCACCAUCCCUCAGGUGCUGAGAACCAAAGUGCCCGGAGAAGGGCAGGAGGAGGAAGAGGAUGACGACGACGAUGAAGCUGAAGAUGAGGCCUCCAAGCCCGACCAUUUCGUACAGGACCCUGCAGUGCUGAGGGAGAAGGCAGAAGCCAGGCGCAUGGCCUUUCUCACCAGGAAAGGAUACCGGCAUGACAGCUCAACAACAGUGGCUGGCAGCCCCCGGGGCCAUGGGCAGAGUCGUGAGACAACACAGGAACGCAGGAGGAAGGAAGCCAGCAAGGCAACAAGGGCCAACCACAACCGGAGAACCAUGGCCGACCGCAAGAGAAGCAAAGGCAUGAUCCCAUCCUGAGGCCACUGCCCCAGGGCCAACAGGGAGGCAGUGACACUGCCGUCUCACAGCCUGGGGCCUCCUCACAAGUUGGCCCCUGCCAGGGCCCCAAGUUCGACUCAACCCCUCAACAGCCUCAGCUUUGCAGCCCCUGAGAAGGCCACCUCAUUGACUACCAGCCAGCCAUGAGCGCCUUCCUGCGAACACACAGUGCCUUAUUCCACAGUGGAGAAAUCUGUGGGGCCAGCAAGUAGGCACCUCUCCCCAGCUGCGCUGGUGAGGAGGGGAUAGGGACAGAGCCCCAAGGCAAGCCCCCCAACCUCAAGUAAGACACCACUUUGCUUUUUCUCUGGACAGCAGGACACUUGUAUAUUCAAAAACAAAAAAGGCCUGCAAAUAAAGUUUUUGCCCUUUUUAAGCAGUGAUCCAUGAUGUGCCCGUCACCCACUCCCCCAUGUCUCAUUCUUCAGGGACAGCUGCCAGCUGGAGGACAAGAGGCCAGAGUGGUCACUGUGUUCUUCUCAUCAACCUGUCACACUUGCCUCUCAGUGUAACCCCUCCCAGUGUGGGACUCUGAGAAUAUUGCCCCCUUCUCUGAACCUCUAAUCUCUACCCAUGGAAUGAAGGGCUAGAGGGUGUGAGGCCUGUGGUCCUUUCCUUAAUCUCAGCCAAUUCUGACAACUCCAUCUAGGAGGUAGGUACUAUUUUCAACCCCAUAGUACAGACAGGUAAAGUGAGGCGCUGAAGGCGCCUGUUCAGGCCACAGCUAGGAAGUGGCAGAGCACAGUUGGACAUUCAUUCUGAUCCCUGGCCUUUAUUUUAUUUAUUUAUUUUUUUUGAGACAGUCUCAUUAUGUUGCCCUCUGUAGAGUGCGGUGGAAUCACAGCUCACAGCAACCUCCAACUCUUGGGCUUAAACGAUUCCCUUGCCUCAGCCUUCCAAGUAGCUGGGACUACAGGCACCCGCCACAACACUCAGCUAUUUUUUUGUUGUAGUUAUUGUUGUUUGUAGGACCGGGCUGGGUUCCAACCUGCCAGCCUCAGUGUAUGUGGCCAGCGCCCUAACUGCUGAGCUAUGAGCACUGAACCAGACUCCUGGCCUUUGUAGGGUUCCAGACCCCUAGGGGCUGUGCUCUCUCCUAACAGCUGGCCCGAGGACUUUUGGCCAGUGGAAGAGCCAGUACUAGAACAUUGCACCUCAUGGUUCACAUAUGCUCUGUUAAAUCCCCCCAAAUCAAGGUUUCAAAUAGAAACCUUAAGAGACAAGUGAGGAUAUCACUGCCAAGCCCUAUUGAAGAGAGUGGCACCUGGGCCUGGUUCCUCAAAGCCCCCUCCCAGGUAUGGCCAAACAGCUGCUAUUGUGGCAGCAGCUGCCAGGCCGCCCGAUUCCUGGGGCUCCCAGAAGUUUGCCAUCAAUGGUGAGACACUAGGGCUGCUCCUAGCCCAGCCUGGAGUCCAUCAGUGAAGCCAGGGCCCAUGCCUGGCUGGACCUUGACAAAUCACCCUGGAUGCUAGAGCAAUUUAUUUGCACAUGCUUAGGAUGAGAGUCAGGAGCAGAGGAGGCAGACGGGCAUUUGACAAAUAGGUUUUGUUAGGUCAGCCCGCACAAGUGAAAAUCAAUGGCAAUAUCUCUGUGUCUUGCCAGUUUUUUUUGGUACAUUUGAGAUGCAGAGCAGAUAUGUGGGUGGCGUCCUCCCCUCUGGCUGCCAAGUUAUCUGAGCUCAGGCCCAGGAUUAACCAUCCUGACAGGCAACAGGAAGACUGUUUCCUCUUAUAAGCAUUUGCCAGGGACUGAGCUCAGUGGCAGAGCUGUUUCCUUCCUCCUUCCCUGAGCUCCUCAGACCCAGCAUUCGUCCUUGCAGUGAGGAGAGGUGGGUCAGGGAGCUGCCGAAUUUACUGGUCUUAACUGUUGAUCAUCUGUGCCUCACAACCACCUGGAGUGGCAUUCAGGCCCCACAUGAACAUCUUGUUUUGAAGGGUUUGAGAAGACAGGCAAGUUUUUUCAAAACUUGUCAGCAUGUAGUUUCAAUGCCAGGUCAAAGUUAGUCUCCCUUGAAGAACCCGUUUCAAAUUUUGAGGAUGCUUUUUCUUUUUUUUUUUAAAUGAUUUUUUUUGUGUGGUUUUUGGCCGGGGCUGGGUUUGAACCCACCACCUCCGGCAUAUGGGGCCGGCGCCCUACUCUUUUGAGCCACAGGAGCCGCCCUGAGGAUGCUUUUUCAAGGGCGCUUUAUAAUCAGCUCAGGGGCCAUCCAGAAUGGUGCUCAUAGGCAUACCCCUUCAUCUCUUGGGGCCUCAAGUUUUCCCAUCUGUAAAGUGAGCCUGUUAGACCAGAUGAAAUCUUCCCACUUGGUGACAAAUCUUCUGAGGAGACCCCAAAGUUUAAGAUUGGCAGCUGCAGGGUGUUAGAAGUAAAGGGGAGUACGGGCUCUGGCCCCUACUUGCUCAGUCACUGGAUCCUACGGCUGUUCCUACGCCAAGUGUUUACUUUUUUUUUUCUUUUUUCUUUUUUUGAGACAAAGUCUCCCUAUGCCGCCCUUGGUAAGAGUGCGGUGGCGUCAGAGCUCACAGCAACCCCAAACUCUUGGGCUUAAUGAUUCUCUUGCCUCCACCUCCCAAGUAGCUGGGACUACAGAUACCUGCCACAACACCCAGCUAUUUUUUGUUGCAGUUGUUGUUUGUCUGGCCUGAGCCGGUUUCAAACCCGCCAGCUAUGGCUACACAGUUGUUUUCUAAGUGCCUUCUCUGGGCCCUGGCAGGGAACACGACUAUCACUGACAUUUCCCAGGUGCUUUGAAGACCCGUGUCUCUGAGUAGACUUAAAACUUAAGUGUCUUUGUUCCUAGUCCAUGGUUGGCAAUACUGACGGAGAUGUGUUUGGAUGUGUUUCUGUGCCUCUGUGAAGUGGCGGGGGCAAAUCCUAUCAUUGUUUAUUAAAAGGGGCCAGAAGUCCGUGGUGGGUGCAGGCAGGUAACUUGCCCAAAGUGCGUAAGCUGCAUUGUGGAUCCCCAUCCUUUCUGACUUGCCCCUCUAAAAGAGCCAAUUGCUAGAGAGUGGAUAAUUAGCAAGUACCUGCAUGUCCCACCACACCAGGAGCUUGGGUAAAUACCCCAAAAUGAAUAAACGCCAGCACAGGAGACAUGCAGAGGAGUGUUGUGUAGCCCUUUAAAAUGAUGUCGGCAAAGGCUUAGAAGCUACAUGGGAAACUAAAUAUUUAAUAAUUUGGUUUUUUAAUUGUUUUUUUAAAAAAGAAUAAAUUUAAACACAAGAAUACGUGAUAGUGUAAUGCACCAUAAUUGUGAAAAUGUUUUUUAAAAUGCUUAAGGGUAUGGACAGGCAUGGAAGGGAAUGUGCAUAACUGACAGUAACAGAGCAUGGGUGAUUAUGCUCAUGAGACUGUGAUGACUGGUAAUAAGAAUAAAAGCACUGAACAUUU